GCGCAGGGUGAGAGGAGGGGGAGCUGAUGCCUUCCAUUCCAGAUAGGAUUCGUUUCGAGUUGGAUUUAAGCUCUCAGCAAGGAAAGCGAGCUGCUCCCACGUCACUUCGCAGAGCACUUGGAUUGUCGGGCUGUGCUGGGCUGUGCUGUGCUAUAGCAGGCAGGGCUCAAUGCCGCAUGUGUGCACGCACAACUCGGUCUGACUCUCGGCUACCCCAAUGGGCUGCUGCAGCGCCUAACCCGGGAUCGAGGCGCUCUUUUUAGGACGGAAGGCGCCCGUCUUCACAACUCUCACGAAACAGGAUGGACACCGGCUAUUGGAGAGGUUGAAUUUUUUCCGAACUAGAUAGAUAAGGAAGGCCUUAUCACGUUGUCAGAAUCCCCUUUUUUUACCCUCCUCCUUCGAGAUCUCCUGGCAACCUGGAAGUGUUCUGGGGAGAGAAACGCUUUGGAGGCAGCGCUGAGGAGCUCUAUGGGUAUCCAGUGUGGAGUACGCAUUCCUGCUACAAACAUAAGACGAAAUAAAAAAAGGAAAGCCUCGCGUUCACAGACCUGGAUUUGCGCCGCUCUUCGGCUCGACUCGUUGCACAAGCGGAAAUCUCAGCUCAAGGAAGACCCGGAAUGGCGGACACCGAGGAAGGCUUCGGACUUCCCAACACCCCUAGUGACUCCGACUCCAAGGAGCUGCAGGGAGACAGCAAAGCGGAGAGCCAGCUGGGGGCUGCCAGCAAGUCCCCGUCGCCACAGACGACGUACACGCAGCAGGUCAGCCGCAUUCUGGGGUGUUCGUUUGUACCUGCAGUGCCACUUGGCAUGGAGGGGAUUAAAGUGUACCUGCACGAACGGGAGCUGUGGUCGAAGUUCCAUGAAGUUGGCACGGAGAUGAUUAUAACGAAAGCAGGAAGGCGCAUGUUUCCAAGUUAUAAAGUGAAGGUAACGGGCCUAAACCCCAAAACGAAGUACAUCCUCUUGAUGGACAUCGUGCCCGCGGACGACCACCGCUACAAAUUCGCCGACAACAAAUGGUCGGUGACAGGGAAGGCAGAGCCCGCCAUGCCGGGCAGGCUUUACGUUCAUCCCGAUUCGCCGGCGACGGGGGCCCACUGGAUGAGGCAGCUGGUGUCGUUCCAGAAACUCAAGCUAACCAACAACCACCUGGACCCCUUUGGACAUAUAAUAUUAAACUCCAUGCAUAAGUACCAACCAAGGCUGCAUAUCGUCAAGGCGGACGAAAAUAACGGAUUCGGCUCCAAAAACACCGCUUUUUGCACUCACGUUUUCCCAGAAACAGCCUUCAUUGCAGUGACAUCCUACCAGAACCACAAGAUCACCCAGCUGAAAAUCGAAAACAACCCGUUUGCAAAAGGCUUCCGAGGCAGCGACGACAUGGAACUCCACAGGAUGUCCAGAAUGCAAAGUAAGGAGUAUCCAGUGGUCCCCCGCACCACAGUCAGACAGCGUGUCACCUCCAACCAGAGUCCCUUCGGCACUGAAAUGAGGGGUCUUCCUGCUCCAGGCAACCUGAGCUCGCAGUACCAGUGUGAAAAUGGAGUUUCCAGUACCUCCCAGGACCUUCUGCCUCAACCCAACCCAUACCCUCUGGCUCACGACCACAACCAGAUCUACCACUGCGCCAAACGGAAAGUCGAAGAGGAAUGCCACACGUCAGAUCACUCCUAUAAGAAGUCGUAUAUCGAGAGCUCUUCGGGUGACGACGACCCCUACUACCGGCCCACUGGCUACUCGCAAACAACAGGACUGAGCUCUGCCUCUUACAGGACUGAGUCCGCACAGCGCCAGGCCUGCAUGUACGCCAGCUCUUCCCAAGCAGUGGAGUCCGUUCCCAGCCUGGAGGACAUCGGCUGCAACAGCUGGGCGGCCGUGCCACCCUACACCAGCUGCCCAGUGACUGCCAUGCAGCCCAUGGAGAGGCUGCCUUACCAGCAUUUUUCUGCUCACUUCACCUCAGGUCCCCUCAUGCCAAGGCUCAGUGGCAUGGCCAACCAUGCCUCACCCCAAAUAGCCGACAUGUACCAGGGCUCCGUUCCCCAUCAGUCCAUUGGCAGACAGUGCGGCCCCCAAACUGGCAUGCAGUCCCCCAGCAGUGGGCUCCAAGGAAACGAGUACCUCUAUUCCCACGGCAUGCCCCGCAACCUGUCCCCUCAUCAGUACCACUCGGUUCACGGCAUUGGCAUUGUGCCGGAAUGGGGAGAAAACAGCUAAUAGGAGCACAGGCGUAGCCGUGCCGGGACAGCCCCGGGUGUGGACAUUUCGACAAGACUGAAACUGAGCAUCGUGACCUGAGAAAGAAACUGUUUAUCCGUGGGAAGCAGAAGAUGGCCCUACUGGCGGCCACUGUGUUCCAUUAAUCCUGCAGUGUGUUCAUGGAAGUUGGGGGGACUGGAGCCACAAACGAGGAGACAGAACAGAGAAAAGCCCGAAAGGGGGGCCCACCCCGUAAAGACAAAUGAAAAAAGAUGACCCAAGAAGAGAAGCGACAACUACAGGCGUGUUUGUGCUUUUGUUUGACACAAACCACGUGAGGGUGAAUGGAGACGGAGUCUUCAUCGUCAACAACGGGGGUUUCGGACUCGGUGGCUUCCUGUUUUGUUUUGCUGAGUCGCUCUUUUUGUCUUUUUCUUUAAACUCUCGUGUUCUCUCCCUGAACAGAUCAAGUCACUCGGCUUCAGAGCUCAUUUUGUGAAUGGCGGGGCAGAUACCCGCGACACCCGCUUGUAUCAGUGGGCGCGCACACGCAGUCCAUGGCAUCCACAGAAAGCCCACGGCAGCGGCCAGACGUCAGGCCGGUUCUUUACGUUCUCAUCCAACCCCAAAAAGAACAAGAGGCGGACAGGGAAGAACCUGGACACGUGGCACGGACUGGCACCCAUCUUGUGCCAGACAGGGCUCAUGUAAGACCUUGAUCUUGGAAUGGAGUACGAAUGGGGGGCAACUGCUGGAGGAAUGGACUCCAAUGUGUUUUGUAACCCUCCUAUCCUCUGAAUUAAUGGCGGUCAGCUGACAGGUUUAUUCCUCCCAUUGCCAACUCAGUGACUUUAAAAAUGGGCCAAAUAAAUGAAUAGCAGGCGG